GGCGGGUGCAGCCGCAGAAAGCCGCGGCCCAGCUCUGCAGCCAUCUUCGGGGUGGAGGCGGGGAAGAGGCGCGGCCUUGGCCAGGAGCCGCCCCGCCUGAGCCCUCACCGCGGACUUCCCUGCUCCAGCGGCGCCCGGCCGCGCAGAGGCCGCCAUGGGCUGUGCGCGCUGGCUGGCGCUGGGCGGCCUCCUGGCCCUGGCGGGGCUGCUGCAGGCCCGGCUGCUGCUCCCGCAGCAAGAGGGCUUCGGCGAGUGCGACCGCUUCUUCUACGCGGGGACCCCGCCCGCGGGACUGGCGACCGAGGCGCACGUGAGGAUCUGUCAACGCUUCGCGGGCUCCGAGCGCUUCGCCACUCUGUACAGCCCCGGCCACCGCAUCCCGGUGUUCUCCGCGUUUCGCGCUGCGCGCCCGGCGUCCCGCAGUGCGGAGCAGCGCGGGCUUCUGGAGCCGCAGAUUGAUGACCCUGACAGCAACCUUGAGGAGGUAAUUGAUGAGGCCGACGCUGUCAGCUCCGUGAACAAUCUGGGAAGCAAGCAAGCCUUGAAUGCAGACUACCUUGACUCUGACUAUGAAAUCGGACAGCUGUACCCAUUUCCUCUUAACAGUGACCUCCAGAUGCCCACAUUUCCACUCACAAAUUCAGUUCCUAUGACCCAGUCUUUCCGGGAACGAUGGCACAUGAAUCUCAACAGCCUCAUGGACCGAGCUUUGAUCCCACACUGCAGCAAAGGCAAAGACCUGUAUAUCCUCACAGGCGCUGUUCCCUCAGAGCACAAAGUUAAGGACAAAGUGACCAUCCCUGAAUUCGUCUGGCUGGCAGCUUGCUGUGCAGUCCCGGGAGGAGGCUGGGCCAUGGGCUUCAUCAAGCACACCCAAGACAGUAAUGUCAUAGAAGAUGUGAUGCUGAGAGACCUUGAGAAGCUACUUCCUCAUAAGCCUCAGCUGUUCCAGGACAACUGUGGUGAGAUGGAGCAAGAUACAGAGAAGAUGAAGAAGAUUCUGGAAGUGGUCAACCAAGUCCAAGAUGAGGAGCGGUCACUGCAGUCUCAAAAGAGCAUGAGUCCCCUCACCAGCACCCAAAGCCAGAGGUCGGCCCUGCUGUCCCCAGAAGAACCACCAGAGGGAGGGGGCAGUUUUCUGGGACAAGUCCUGGGUUUCCUUGCUACCCCCUUCAUUAAGCUUUUCCAGUUAAUUUAUUACCUUGUUAUAGCAGUCUUAAGGAAUAUAGUCCACCUCCUUUGGUUUGUUGCCAAGCAGGUGAUAAACACAGUUGAGAGUUGCCUAUACCGUCUGGGCGAAGCCACAGUCUCAUACCUCGUGGCCAUUGGACAAGAGUUAGUGAGCAUUCCCUGGAAAGUGCUCAAGGUCGUGGCCAAAAUCAUCAGGGCCUUUCUCCGGAUCCUCUGCUGUCUGCUGAAGGCUGUCUGUCGAGCUCUGAGCAUCCCUCUUCGCGUACUUGUGGAUGUAGCCACUUUCCCCAUGUACACCGUGGGAGCCAUUCCCAUUGUGUGCAAGGACAUUGCUGUGGGCCUGGGGGGCGCCCUCUCACUCCUCUUUGACACUGCUUUUGGCACCAUGGGUGGCCUGUUUCAGAUUGUUUUUAGUGUCUUCAAGCGGAUUGGCUACAAGGUUACUUUAGACAACUCUGGGGAGUUAUAGAACUCAAAAACCUAGUAAUGUCCAUUGUGGUGAAUUUUGAUUUUGAUUUUUUUUUUUUUUUAACAGCAGGUUUCGUUUCCUUGUCAGCUAUUGUGUUAUGUUUGCCCAGUGGGUGUGUAAUUUUUUUUUUUUUUUGCAAGAGUAUGGCACACUUUAGAUUUGAUCUAAGAGAAAUGUUCAGGGCAAGUUUUGUGUCAUGCUCCAUGUGCAGCUGCAACUACACAGGUGUGCUUCCCUGAGUCUGGUAACUUUAGCCCUGCACUCCGACUCAGAGGGAAACACCUGGCAUGACCCAGGCUUAUUAUGAAAGUUAUAAAUAAGGACGAAGAGGAUGACAUUAAAUGCUGUGAGAAAUGGUAUCUUGUGUCUCCCAUCACUCUUGGGGAUUUAAGGCAAGCUAGAGCUGAAUACUGUUGCCCAGUGUCAGCAUCUCCUUCUCUUCCUCUCCUCCCCAGCUGACCCUUGCAGUGAGCCAGUGACUGCUCUGCUGAAACCCUCCCUGAAUGGAGGCAGCAUCUGCUGUAGUCCUGACCUUUACUUAGGUCCCCAGGGCUUGGUUGAGUUUAAUUUUUUUCCUAAAGUUGAAUUUUGCUGGGUCACAAUAAGCAUUUUAUGCCAAAUAUGACAUAAUACAAUUAGAAUGCAGCCCCAGUUGGAAUAGACCUAGUCCCUUCAGGUGUGGAGGAGGCAGCAUGAAGUAGGUGCUAUGCGUCCACGGGCAUUCCUAGGGAGGCCUUGGCUGAGUUAUAGUACAUCACUGGCUGAAGAUGACAUUAAACGCAAAGAUCUGCAAUGUUAAUCUAAUGUGAAACUUCAUAUUUUGCAGCAUCUAACCCAUCAAGUGAGUAUUCAGUACCAUAAACCAGUCUGACUUCUCUCCUGAAACAAUUAUUUGUUAUAACUAUCUAGGUAAUAGAAAAAAUGAAAAACAUUCUGGUCCUCUUGGGUAGAAGUAUAUGUAUGUACAUACUUAAGAAUUAUUAUCUCUUAGAACAUUAUUUUUUAUAGUGUUUGAGGCUAAGAAACUAUCAGUCCUUCAUUAAUGCAAGCUAAAUUUGAGAGCUUAUUUCCAGUUUUGAUCAGUUACUUAUUAUUUUAAAUCUUGCACUAGAAAUUAUAACAAAAGGAGCCAAACUUGCUUUGUGGGAACCAAACAUUGCCACGGUGAGAAUGGAUUGUCUAGUAUUCUUUCUUAGUGUCCCAAAGAGUUGUGGUGAAGGAGAGAAGGGCCAAGUGUUAUCUUAACUUGGAGAUGUGGCCCAUGAUUGUCUGGAAAUUACUUGUAAAGACUUGGGAGUCUAGAAAGAAAACACAGAGGGGGCAGAACAUCAGCUGUACCCAGGGAGCUGGCACAUGAGAAUGUGUAUGUAGCUAGAAUUAAAUUUUACAGGAAAAGAUUUGAAUAGCACCAGAGAGGACUGGCAGCCUGCGAGCUUGCAUGCAGCCAUGACUAGGAAUCUGGACAGCAGACGUGCUCAGGUAGAUCCACACUGUUUAUCAAGACUCAUAGCAGCAUUUGCCAUGAGUUUUCUCUGUCAAUGGGAGGUUGAGGGCUUACCUUGGCUCUGAUGAGUCUACAAGGGAACACUCAGAAUUUGCCAGAGAAACUGUCUGACCAAACCCUCAUUUGUUUAAGACCCAGAGGCACAAGGAGGCUGUAUUUGACCUUCCUUGCAGGGCUCGUGAAAGCAGGUCAUGGUGAGCCUAGGAGACCCCAACACACCAGGGUGUGCUUCCCUGGGUGUAACUAGGAUUUUAUGGCCAUCAAAGACACCAGGCUCUGUAUCAACUGGAUGUGCCAGGUAUUCACGGGAGACACUGUGCCGACUGCAUAAUGAAGACCCCUUUCCUAUCAGUGAAUAUUUGCAUUCUGAGAGGCUCUAGGAUGGCACUUAUAGUGCACAAACCCCUUAUAAGGAAUCACUUGGAAACACCCUCCCCACCCCCUGCUGCCAUAUUCAGCUGUCUGGUUAUUUAUUUUUGCGUGGCAUUUUUUUUUUAAAUAUGGGAAACGAUAAUAAGACAAAAAUAUAUCCUUCAGGUUAGAGGGCUGAGACCCUUCAUUCUGGACUUUCUUGUUGGCAGGGCCUCUGGUUCACUGGAGCUAGCUGUAUUUGUUGUUUUUAAAGUCCUGCCAGAUCUCUGGGCUGAUGGCCCGUUCCCAGAAGGCUACUCAGGCUUCUAACAUGGCUGUUUAGGAAGCUGAACCCUAGCUUCAGCUUGGAGCUUUUGCUGUGGCUUCAUUCUGUUCUCAGGCCCUUGGGGACCUUGGCCACCUUUGUCAUUCACAGAGCUGCUUUUCUAGCCUGUGUCAGCCAUGUUCUCAGACACGCCGCUCUCCCUUAGUGCCUUUUCCACCUAAUGCUAACUAGGGAAUGGAAGGAACCACAAGGAAGCAUCCUCUGCUCUUCCUUCAUCCAUCUACCUAGCAAACAUGUAUUUGGUCAUCAAGGUUGCAGAGGUGGGAAACGCUCCAUCUAUAAGGAGUUUCCAGCAUGGUACAAUCCGCGCUGUGAUGCAUCAUAGCAACACCACACUGAGGAUAUCUGCCCCAUUUCCUGCAGCACAGGAAGAAAACCUGCAAGAUCAGGAAGAUGGACACCUGUACAGAGGGUGAGACAAAACCAUGUUGACCAUAACUAGACAGUGCUGUGCACCUUGCAGAUGCUCAAUAAAGUCACUGCUGACAGCUCA